AUGCACCCAACCGGCAAGUCAGGCAAGGUAGUGGAGUGGAUUGACGGGACGACAAUUCAUCGAUCAGGGGACGUUCAGGAAGACGGUGUAGCAUCCGGGUUUGCCUGGACCCUGUAUGAGCUCGAUCUCAAACUUUUAACUAAACUAUUCCCAAUAUUAUCAAACGACUUCCAUAGAAUCUCGCGCAAAGAUGUCAAAAAUUUUAAAAAAUCCCUCAGAGAUUUGUUCUUAGAGAGCAUCACUCUACGUCGUGAUGAGUCCGAAACCCUCGUUGAAGAGCUCAGGAUCAUUUUAGAAAAGGCAAAAGCCCUCGUACAAAACAGCCCUGAUGAUAAAGGCAUUUCUGGUGGUGAGACAACCGAUGAUGACGCCCAUGAAGAGCGGGAUAAAUUUCGCAUUUUCAUUCAUUCGUUGAAAAUAUAUACCACAUGUCUCAUGGACCUGCUUCCUUCAAUGGAAGACACACUGAGCCUUGCACGUCAAGCCACAGACGAAGAUCAGCCUUCAUUGCCAUUGGAGUUUCAUGUCUCUGGGCCUGCCAGAACGUACAUUCUCAAUAUCUGUGAUCGCUUCCCGAAAGCUGAUUCUCUACUUGUGGAGAGGCUUGGAGAAGCGAACUGGCAACGGCAUACUGCACUCCGCGGGCUUCCUACGCAAACAGAUAGCUCAGAUGUCCCUGUUGAAGAACCAGCCAAAUCUGUUUUUGUCCCAGUCUCAUUAUUCCAGGACUCUGGUUUAGGAAGCUCGCUGCCAGCACAAACGAGCUAUACCGCAACUUCCGCAUCACACACAUCAUUUGUUUCGAGCCAGGCCGAUGAAGAGGCUGGAAGGCUAAGAGUCCCUCCCACACCCAAGGCGGUUUUCAAAGGAAUCCCGUUCAGUUGUGAAACUUGUGGCCAGACGUUGAGUCAAAUCAAGAACCGCAUUGAUUGGAAGUAUGAGAGACUUCCCCUUUAUACUAAGAGAAAAUUGUUUGCUGACGUUGCCAGACGACACGUUUUUGCUGAUCUGAGGCCAUACCUUUGCACUUUCUCAGAUUGUAAAAAUGUACUCAGGACAUUUCCGACCCGAAAGAUGUGGGAAACCCACGAGUUUGAGCAACAUCGAUUCGACACGGUAUUACACUGCUCAUUGUGUCGAAGCAGUCUUACCGGUAGUUUCUCAACAGAAAAAGAAGGCAAUGCGCAUCUCAAAUCUGCGCAUGGAAGGGCACUCGAGAAGAAAGCACCUGGAAGCCCGCUGGGAUUCAAACAGAUAGAAAGCAUCGCGCUGGCAGCAUUACCUCGAGAAAACGGCUCCGAUUCUGAGUCUGGUUCUAGCGCCAGAUCCGUGACGACAGGUUCCAACGAUUAUGGUUCCGAUGACCGCCAAGAAAAUGGCCGAUAUGUGACAGAUUCAGACACAGCUGAGCUACACGCGAAUCAUGCACUGUCUUCUGUCGGUACUCUGGUACCAGGUAUAAUGGGGCCUCCUUCGACGCCGGGUCAGCAGAAUACCACUUUGCAGCCAUUAAUAACUCCCGUCCCACAGAGACCAAUCGGUCGAGUAGAAGCACCACCUCCUGGUCAGCCUACUCAUGUUCCUAUAAGACUCCUUCCUUGUCCCAAAAUAUCUACUAACAAUUUCCAGCCCGCCCCUCCAGCAUGGUUAGCCCAAGGCCUUGCGGACCUCCAAAAGGAAUAUCCCAACGACCGUUUCGAAGGUGUUAUGCGCUAUUCCGCCGUAUAUACGGCCACAGAACUCUCUUGCGCCACGCCUCCAGCCGGCGAACCCACCUCAAAAGGUGUGAAAUACAUAUACUUGCCUCGAAUCCGAUGCCACGGCUGUCCUGGAAAACCAUUUACCCCUGGCCCGGAAACCACCGUGGGGAACUUUGAAAUGCAUUUGAAGAAUCGGCAGCAUAGAGGGGAGGUCGAUGGUAGGGUUGCAGGUGGGUCGUCGGCGGCGAGUGGAAGCCGGGGUGCAUACCUGAAUCAACUUGCAGGAUUUCACAACCUGCACAGCACAGUCCUCAAUCGAUUCCCUACCGCUGACAAGCGUCCUCUUGACUUGUAUAAAUUGAGGGAAACUGUUGAAACAAUGGGAGGAUUUGAGAAAGUCUGCGAGAUGAAGAAAUGGCCGCAGGUAGGACAAAUUCUAGGAAAAGAAGAUGUUCCUCCAAAACGACAUUCCAAAGAACGCCUCACGACACCACAAAAACCCUCCGAUGGUUUAGGCUCCAGUUCCGAAGCGUCUCAGAGUCCAGAGCCUCAGAUGCGAUCAUCAUCAGUACUAGAAUCUGACAAUGAUCUGCUAGACCAAGGCGUCCAGUCUCUAGUGGAGCCAACAUCGAGUCGGCGAGCAGAGAUAAGCAGGCGCUCAUUAAGAAGCACUGCUAAGAGCCCAAACCUCGAAUGGUUCAGACGGAAAGACCCCGAGGACGAGCUAGGAAAAAUGUCCCAAAUGGGUGAUAUGCCAAGUAGACUGAGUGAGGAGAACGCGCCGCCACCCAAACGAGUAUACCAAGCAUGCGUAGAGUGUCGCCGUCAAAAAGUGAAAUGUGACAUGGGAAGGGUUGACAAUCCUGAGGAUCCACCAUGCGUACGAUGUCGCAGAGAGAGCAAGGAAUGUUACUUCAUUGCAACGAGGCGUCUCAAACGUAACUCUACAUAG